UGCUUCAACCGAAAAAGAAAAUCAAGGGGUAUAAAAUCAGAGAUACACCCUUACAAAAUAAAUAGAUAUUCCAAAACUAACCUUCCGAAUAUUCUCCUCUUAUCGUUAUAUCUCCCUCGCUCACCCUUAUCUGCCCUCAUUUUCCCUCGCUUAUUUUCUCUGCAAACAAAGAUGAAAUUCGGUAAGAGCCUCAGCAACCAGAUAGAGGAGACCUUACCUGAAUGGCGAGACAAGUUUCUCUCCUACAAGGACCUCAAGAAGAGGUUGAAGCUCGUGGAGCCUAAUAAAGCUGGUGAGCGGCCUAACAAACGGCCCAGAUUUGACGAGUCUACCGUCGCCGGAGAUGAUAACAAGGCUAGUGAUAGUAUCUCGAGAGAGGAAAUAGAUUUUCUAAGUUUGUUGGAGGACGAAAUGGAUAAAUUCAACACCUUCUUUGUUGAAAAGGAGGAAGAAUACGUCAUCAGGUUAAAGGAGCUACAAGAUAGAGUGGCAAAGGCUAAGAAUUCCAACGAAGAGAUGAUAAAAAUUCGGAAGGAGAUUGUUGAUUUCCAUGGAGAGAUGGUUUUAUUGGAGAAUUACAGUGCCCUUAACUAUACAGGAUUGGUAAAGAUACUGAAGAAGUAUGACAAACGAACCGGCGCUCUGAUUCGGCUGCCAUUCAUCCAAAGGGUAUUACAGCAGCCCUUCUUCACCACCGACUUGCUUUACAAACUGGUGAAGCAGUGUGAGGCAAUGCUAGAUAGCCUCUUCCCCAUUAUAAACGAAAAGCCUGGCGGAGAUGAUGCACCAGAUGAGGGAGACGGUUGUGAGCCAACAACUUCUGCUACAACGAAGGAAAGUGAUGUUCUCACAAUGCUAAAAGACCUUGCAGAGAUAGAGUAUAUGGAGAGCUUAUACAUGAAGAGUACUAUUUCAGCAUUGCGGGCUCUGCAAAAAAUUCGGAGCGGUAGUUCUACUGUUAGCGUUUUCUCAUUGCCCCCUCUGCAAAUAAGUGGAUUGGAUGAUAUAUGGAAAAAAACCCCUGUUCUCGAACAAGAAGCCAAGUGAUUUGGACUCUCUGUCUCAGGCUCAGCAGCCGGAUGGUGAACGAGAUUGUAUAAUAGAUGCUUUAGUUACUAACACAAAUGUAAAAUGGUAAAUUUAGGGUUAAGCAAAUUAAUGUAAACAUAAAUCUGAUAUGUUUAUAUCAGACAUAUGUUUAUGUUAAAAUGGAGAUUGACUACUGAUUAUAUGUAAUUUAAAGGAUUUGUUUUGGUAACUCAAUAUAAAAGCAUAUAUAUGUGAUAAGGAAAGUGGUUAAUUGCAGUAA